AUAGACUGUGUGUACGUAUUGAGUUACCACCCGUACACAUGAGCGCGUCAGCUUGGCGCACAUAGGUCAUGUGCGCGCUGAGCAUUGUGGGAAUUGAGUGUAAAUCGCAAAUCAGGGAGUUUCAAAAUUAGCGUGUGAAAGUUUUUUUUUUUUUUUCAAGUUUUCAUAAAAGUUUGACCUGAAUUAAAAUUAACGAGUUAUUUAUUUAUUUAUUUUUAUUUUUUUCGUUUUUUUGACCUGAGUUUUAACCUGAGAGGUGAUAUGGGAUGGAUCACCUUUAGGGAAAGACUCACAAAAGCCACACUUAUGUACAAGAUUAGGCUUGCGAGAAUGGAUGAUGCAAGAAUAGCAAGGAAGCUGUACCUGUGGAAUGAAAGUGGAAGCAAAUGGAGGAAGAGGUGCAUGAGAAUGACAGACAGGAAUGGAUUAUAAGUUGUGUGGGCGAUGAGAAUGGCUGGGAGGAAUGAAAAUGAGCGUGAAUGGGUGGCAACAAGAGGAGGCAGAGUGGGAGCUGAAUGGGAUGUGAGAAAAUGGAAAAAUGAGAUAGACAAAUAAGUGAAACGUGUGGGACUGAAUGAAUAGAAGAAUGAAAUGGAAAGAAAGAAGAUCCUGGAAUGGUACAAGGAGAAAGAGGCCCCGAGGUAUGAAAGUGGUAUGAUGGAAGCCUGGGCGGUGAUCUUUUCUUCCGAGCGAGGGCACAGUGUAUGUAUGUGAACACAAGGAGUUACAUACAGAUGGUCGAGUCCCGCAUCAAAGUGUGCCUGCCAGAUAAGUGACAUGAGAGGAUGAGACUGGAACACGUGGUGCUGGAAUGUAUGAAGUAUGCCAGAGAUAAGAAUGAGAUGAUGCAGGUGAUACUGACUGAGAUAGGGCAUGAUUGGAAUGAAAGAGUGGAGAAGACAGGAAAGGAGUGGAUGGUGUUGUUGCUGGGACUGUGUAGAGAGGCGAAUGAAAGGAUGAUUGAGGUGGUGAAGUUUCUGGAGAGAAUGUAGCGUGCCAGAUGUAAGAACAAUUAGUGUAGAGGAUGUUGUUCGUUUCUCUUUCUUUUUUUUUUUUUCCCCCUUCUACAAGAGUUGCUGAUCCAAAGGCCUAGCUUAGGAGUGAUCCCGAGCCAUCUGUACCAUCAAGAUCAAGAUCAGUGCCAGCUGAGAUGAGAAAGCAUCGUGAUACGGAGUGAAACUCGCCUAAAACAUUGAUUCUUGGAUGGUGAACACAUAGAGAGGAUGUGUUCAGUGUAUGCCCAGUGCUGUGAACAAUACCAGUGGGCAGAGUGAAGCAAGAAGACAGAAAAUAGCAUAUAAUUACGUAAUCACAGGCCGCCUCAGUCAAGUCUCCAAUGACGACAUUUCAGCAACAAGUGGACCGGUGCCUGGAGACGUCCCUGUUCCGCCCGAUCCAUACAAAGAUGACGCCUGGAUACUUGGGAAGCGGCCCACAUCUCUGGGGCAAGGUGGCGGGCUCCUGUGGGGUCCUGCUGGCUGGGGAAAGGCUGCCACUGCCACACCUGUCCUCACCCACCUGGCGAAGUCAUUAGUGGCAGCAGGUGCAGACGAGAACGAGAGAGACAAGGGACCUAGAGACACUCACUCGCUGAGGUCUGGCAGCGGAGAAAGGGACGCCAGAAAGCUUAGUGUGCUACUGUUGAAAUAUAAUGGUACUGUAGAAAAGGAGCUUUAUAGUGUGGAAGCGCAGCCCGCCGUGCUCCGACAGUCCCCGAAAUUCUGA